AUGGGAAAGCUUAUCAAGAACCACUGGGCGAGGCUCAUCAUCCUGGCCUCGGCAACUUACCAGAUUGCCGCUGCGAUAGAAGGGUACUUCUGGCCCAAGAUCCUGUGGGACUUCCUCACCAAGACCCUCGACGGUGCCGUCAAGCCGAUACCAGUCCUCCAGACCAUCAACCUCAUCUGCGGCCUUUUCCUUCUUGCGUGGGAGUGGCCCCUCAACUUCAUCGCCGGCACCAGCAUCCACCGCAGUCUCGAAGCCCGUCUCGCAUUCCUUCCUCUUUCCGCACUCGCCGCCGCCCUGCUGUACCAAGGUGCCAACGCUGCGAUUUAUCAGGUGAUUGGACUGGGGGUGUAUUUCUGGGCGUACAGUGAAGGAGAGAUCAUCUGCGCAAAGCCAUGGACACUACCACAACGAGGCGGAAAGGGAAGCAGAGCAUAAAAAGCCAUCAUCUCUUCUGGAUUUUUUACUCAAAAUGCAAAAGCACAAAUACAAAAACCGCUUUUAGGUUGUGGCAAAACACAUAACCAAAAGGAGCCUUUUUUUUUGGUCCCUACCUACAUAACCGAAACGACGACGGUGUGAAUAUCAACCUUCUACCCUUCUUCCACUUAUCUUACAACUCCACAUCUCAUCGAAAAUCUUUUUCUCUUCCUGGCCGAGCCGGAGACAACAAUAACCGACACUACUUCCGAGGAACUGUGCAAAGGAAGAAGAGAAGGGAUGAUAAUAUAAUGCCUUUUGGGAAGUGAGGGAUAUGUGGGGAAGAAAAAGGGGAAACGUACAUACAUACAACGAAUGAUACCAGAUCCCAACAAACUUCUUAGAGGAGGAUGGAUGAGGAGGAAGCAGCAGCAGGCAGUAAAAGAGAGAGAGAGAGAGAUAGGAUGAGGAGGAGCAGGGGGAAGGAAGCUUUCUAUUUUUUCAUGAAUAUAC